GGACAACUUCGUCGACCUUCCGCCAUCUCCCCACUUUCCCCUUAUUUCGCAACAUGGCGGAUGCUGGCUUCUUCAAAGGAACGUCGGCGGACCAGGACCGCAGGUUCUCGGACAAGGAGCUCAAGCUCCUCAAGUCGAUGAAGUUUCCCUCAGAGUUUGACAAAAAGGUUGAUAUGCGCAAAGUCAAUUUAACCGUUAUCCGACCGUGGGUGGUCAAAAAGAUCAUCGAACUCGUCGGGUUUGAGGACGAGAUCCCAGGAAAAUGCAGAUCAACCUCACGGGAUUCCUGACCAAACACACCCCGGAGUUCAUGUCGGCCCUGUGGAAACUCCUUCUCGAGGCUCAGGAGUCUCCAGCUGGCGUUCCACGUACGUUCGUUGAAGAGAAGAAGGAAGAGAUGCGUCAAGCCAAAAUGGGCGACACUCGGGCAUUGGAAGAGAACGACAGGCGUGCCCGCCUUGACGAGAUCCGCGACCGCGAACGGGAGACACGGGGAGGUCGUGGCCGGGGUCGUGGUCGCGGUCGGGGCCGAGGCGGAGGCGGCUUUGAAGACGACCGCGGUGGCAGGCCUCGCGACAGCGGAUGGGGAGGCCGAGGUGGCGGGCGGCCGGGACGUCGUCGUACUCCAUCCCCUUCGCCUCCGCCGCGCCGCAGCUCGCGCACGCCCGCGAGUUCUCGCUCCCGUUCUCCCGCUUCCACCCCACGCAACAAGCGCCGGUUCAACCCUCGCGGCCGCUCCCCUUCUCGCUCGCCCCCUCCCUACGGCCGUGACCGCGACCGCGACCGCGGCUCGCCCCCGCCCCGCCGUCUUUCCCCGCCCCGCCGAUCUGUCUCCCGCUCGCCCCCGCCUUCCCGCCGCCGGCGCCGCUCGCCUUCGUACACGCCCCCGCCUGACCGCGAUCGCCGCGCCAGGGACUCGCGCAGUCCGCCCCAGAGGAGGCGCCGGCUGUCCCCGCCACCCCGGUCCCGAUCGCGUAGCCCCCCGCGUGGAUAUGGGCGGCGCCGAAGCCCAAGCCGUAGCAAAAGCCGCUCCGCUACGCCCCCCCAGAGCCGACGGAGACGACCCAGCCCGACCCGAUCGAGGACGCCUCCGCGCCGGCGGCGGGGUAUCUCGAGGGACAGAAGCCCUGACAGAGACGCGGAGCGCAACAACGGGCGCCGCGGACAGGUGGAAAGGAGUCAAACACUGAGCAGGAGCAGCAGUCGGGGCCGUGUGCCUGAUGAUGAUAAGCGAGGCAAACAGGCGAACAACAGGGACAACCGCGACUCUGUUACGUCCUUUGCAAACGGCGGUGCGCGGGAGAAAGGGGGCGAACUGAAGAUCAAGGGACAAGCCGACGCGGGGAAGAAAAAGAGCAAAUGGGAAGAGGAGCGUGAGCAGUCCUUGCCCGAUCAAGGUGAACUCGAGAGAAGAGAGAGCGAACUCAAAGAAAGGGCUUUGCGCAACAAGGUCGUGAGGACUAGGAAAGGCAGUACCAACGUUGCUGCAGGCAACUAA